UUUGCUUGGCAUACCUCCAUAACUGACAUCGAACUACUUGAAGACAUUAAACAGAAAAGAAAUUACUGUUUGAUAUAAAUAUGGAUUUUGAGCAAAGGAUUCGCUACGAGAUCAGUACCAUUUUUAACAAGUUUCACCCGCUGAUGAAAAACUACUGGUUUAUUGGCCAAGCGACUGUGUUGGGAUCUACAGUAGCGUAUCUAAUGACCGUUUUGACACUUUGUUUAAUAAUGCGGCGACAAAAACCGAUUCCAGAGAACCUUAUGAAACCAUUAGUAUCCGGCUACAACAUUCUUCAAAUAUCGAUGAACUCGGUUAUUUUUGCAAUCACGACUUUGUCUAUUUUGACGCGGAGCUCGUUUGAAAGUGUUUUUUGUCUACCUCUGUCGCCGAGUUAUGAAUCAUCGGGAGCUGAAAGCUGGGUGCCGACAAGUUAUGGUGCCCUGGAUAAGUGGGAGUCAUUUGGCAACUGGCUCUUCUUCGUGAACAAGUACGUGGAGUUGCUGGACACAGUGUGGAUUGUGUUGCGGAAGAGGUUCAACCAGCUGUCUUUUCUCCACCUGUACCACCACUCCACAGUCAUGAUUGUGUUCUGGCCUCUGGCUACAUUCAUCCCAACAGGUGUGAGUACUUGGAACUCAAUGUGGAACUCGGGCGUUCAUGUUCUGAUGUAUACCUACUACUUUCUAUCCGGCAGAGGAGACACCUACCGACAGUUACUGCGACCAAUCAAACCCUAUCUAACUCGAAUCCAGAUGAUCCAAUUCCUGUUUCUCAUUGGAGUGUCAUGCAGUGCAUGUUAUGAGAUCCACAUCGCCAGGACUUGCAGACAUUCGCUGUUGUAUGGACUCUUCAUGAAUGCCUAUGGAAUGAGUCUCCUGGUUCUGUUCGGAUACUUCUACUUGGAGUCAUACAGAAGAAAAAAUUCAGAGAAAAUAGGAUUCAAAAAAGAAUAAAUUCAAAAGCGUGGAGAAAAAUGACCGAGAGUACGAACAAACAAAGACUUCAAAAACACAAGGAUCGUAAUUUACAUUUUUAAACAAAUAAAAAACAUUAAAUUAUAAAAUAUUAAAUGUUUUUAAACCAUUUUGAAAUAAAACCGAGUCAGAUUUAUAGCACACGUUGUAUAUUGAUUUUAAACAAGACAAAAAAGUUUUACACACAAAAAUUAAAGGCAACAAUUGUUACAUAACUUGAUGAGAGGUAGUAUUACAAACUUUACUUAAGUGAGCUUAAAUCUUCAAAAAGCUAUUACCGCUAAUUUUCCUGCUUUUACCUGCGCGUAGGUUUCAAAAAUCGGUAUGUUUCGGAUCCGCUUUUUACUCGAUUCUGAGCCUCCUAGGAUAAGGGAAGAACAUAUGACAUCUGGAAGCUGCCAGCCUCCGUUUUUGACAACAAAUUAUUGUAAAAAGGGUGACUUGGGUCUUGUUCUGGAAUUGUGUUGGCGAAACUUAAACUCGGAGGGUUCCAGAUGCUUGGAACUUGCGAGCCAAAAAUUGGAUCUGAAGUAGUUGAAGAAUAACUGGGAAGAUUCGAACUACUUGGUGAUUGGCUAAUCCACGAGUACCCUGGAUUUAGAGACGAUGACGCCAUUAAUGGGCUUGAAAAAUCCCUAAUUUGACCAUAUCGAUGCUCUUGUGAAAUAUCGCUGGGUUGGUUUUGAAAUCUGAGCGAUCUUUGAUGUUCACUUGAUAAACUCGACUGAUAAUUUGUUAGAAAGAAGUUACCAUUUAAGGAACUGCAGUUAGAAUUAGUCGAGUUAGAUUGCGGCGACCAUGUGUGAUAGUUUGUGUUUUGAAAGUUGCUCAGAAUAAAAGGGUUCACUGGCGAAUAAUUUGAAAAGAUAUUCAAAUUUGGGUACGAAGUUGGCAUAGUACUUGGGCAAAAAUGAAUUUGAGAAGUGUGGCGACUGAUAUUGUUCACUUGUGGAGUUUUCUUUGGGCAGUUUUGUUUCAGUGAAGA